AGUUUGGUGGGUGCUUGGUCUCACAAAUUCAGAAAUGAAGUGAGCUCACUUCAGAAUUUGAGGCAAUCAGCUCAAGUCGACCAGAGAAAUCCAAUAUCCUUCAACCAUAAUGGCCACCAAGACUGUCCUGAUCACCGGCGGCAACAGCGGCAUCGGCCUCGCAUUCGCUCAGCACUACGUCAAGCAGGGCUGGAACGUCAUUGCCACGGCGCGCAAUGUGGACGGUGCCGAAGAGCUAAAGAACCUCAAGCCAAGGAAGAUCCUGACGCUCGACACGGGCGACGAGCAGUCGAUUCUGUCGGUGGCCAAGGCGUUGGAGGGUGUGGCUGUUGAUCUGCUUAUCAACAACAGCGGUAUCUCCAUUGGCGGCGGCCUGGAUGUCACCACCAAGGAGGACUUAAUGCGCCAGUUUGAGGUUAACACCGUGGGCCCAUUUCUCUUGACUCGAGCGCUCCUACCCAACUUGCGCCUCGCAGUGGCCGCCCAUGGCCAGGCCUUUGUGGCCCAGAUCACCUCACGAAUGGGCAGUAUCGCCGACAACGGCUCAGGCGGCUCGUACGGCUACCGUGCGUCCAAGACGGCGCUCAACAUGGUUACGCAGAGUCUGGCUCUUGACCUUCAGCAAGAGAAAAUUGGCUGUCUGCUGCUGCACCCGGGGCAUGUUAACACGGCUAUCAUAAACUUCACUGGCACCGUGGAGGCUGACGACAGCGUUGCCGGCAUGGUGCGCAUCAUUGAGCGAGCCAAGCUUGGCGACAAGCUCGUGAUGUACCACUUCGAGAAGGGUGACGCGCUGCCUUGGUAAGCUGCUGCCUGUACAUGUGACGUGAGAAUAUCUUGACAAAAAUGUAGCUCGGGAUUAAUCCGCAUCAACCAACAAUAGGCAACACGAUUUUCAUCACUGCAGCAUAUUGCGGCGCAUUCUUUACUUUGCACUCAGACAGCAUACUUGA